AGCCCCCAGUCCCCUCUCAACCAGAGAGGGGAGCCAAGUCCACAGCUGGCGUGGAGGUGGUUCACCAAUCCAAGAUCAAGCAGAGGCGGAAGGCGCCGCCUGGCUUCUCUUGCUCCGAUAGAUCUAUUGUUGUCAUCUCUCCUUCUCUCCUACCGUCGCGUUUUCCAAAUUCCAGCUGCAUUGCUCGAUGGAGGAUCUCCCGGAGGUACUGCAGGCAGAAAUCGUCCAGAGGAUUACCAGGACAAGCGAUCUGAAUUCUCUUUCCCUUGUGUCAAAAAGUCUGUGCGUCGUUGAGGCGAAUCAAAGGGCCUCUAUCCGCUUAGGAUGCAGCUUGUUUUCUGCUACAGAAACCUUGUCAUCGCUUUGUUCCUGAUUCUCCAAUUUGUCGAAAAUGGAAAUCAAUUACACCGGUCAAACCUUGAGCUUCUUCUCAUACAUUGAUGAUUCUGGUCUUAGUUGUCUAGCCAAUUGUAAGAAGUUGAUGUCGCUCACACUAAACUCUGUACCAAGCAUAACUUCAAGGGGACUUCUCUCGGUGGCAAUUGGCUGCAACAAUUUAUCUGCUCUCCACCUUAUUGAUUGCAAGAAAAUAAGCAGCGGAGAGUGGCUAGAGUACCUUGGCUGGAAUGGAUCACUGGAAGAACUUGUAGUAAGGAAUUGCAACAGAAUCAGGCAGCCUGACCUACUAAAGUUUGGUCCAGGAUGGAUGAAGCUUUGGAAGUUUGAGUUUGAGAGCAAGGUAGAAAUAGAUGAUAUGCUUGGGUUUAAUGAUCCCUUAUAUGAUGUGCACAACCCGAGUGCAUGUGAUUUCCUCUGUGACAAUUUGAAGGAUUUGAGGUUGGUGCAUAUUCAAGCAAGGUCAGAGCUGAGACUUUGUCUUCUCUUGGGGAAAUGCAAAGCAUUGGAGAAGCUAUGCCUUAAGUAUGUUGUAAGUCUAACCGACAAUGACAUGAUUGCGCUAUCCCACAGCUGCAACAAUCUUAAAAGCAUUUCACUAUGGCUCAUGCCUCCUCAGUAUGUUGCCGAUGACAAUGAUUUUCUUUACAUACCAUCGGUUACUGAUCACAGUCUUCAGGCUUUAGCUCUCGGUUGUCCUAUGCUUCAGAGCGUUGAACUUACAUUUCAUGAGGGCACAUUCUACUUGCCAGAUAUAGGCUUAACACUAGAGUGCGUUAGGAUUCUCAUUCAGUCUUGUCAGAUUCGUGUUCUUGUGCUUAACGGAGCUGACUUCUUUGAUGAUGAAGGGAUGAUGGUACUUUCAUCCUCACCAUUCCUGGAGACACUCGAGCUUGCGGUGAACGAUCGGGUAACAGAUGCUGGGAUGCAUUCCAUUGCGCGCACCCCAUGCUUGAGGAGUCUGACACUCCGGUUGUGUAGUCAGGUGACUGAUGCUGGAUUAACCGAGCUGGUACAUUCACAGAAGUUGGAUUCUCUGAUCAUCGAAGGAUGUGCUUGCAUCUCUCCGCAAGUUGCCCAAGGCGCAGCUAGAUCAGUUCACUACUCUCUGGAGUCAGCAAGCAGGAACCGUCUCAGUAGAAUAUAAACAUAAUGCUGUUGAUCAAGUAGAUAAAGUUAUUUUCGGUUGUGCCUCAUUAGUGGAUGUCGCUGGCGUUGACCCUGCUAUCAUUUUCAUCAUUUCUCAGAACCUGUGUCUAAUGGUGAACUUUGGAUCCAAUGUGGCGAAUGAAGUCUUUAAAAUUGUCUGUUACUGGUGUACUGAACCUACUUAUGUUGCUUUGCUCCUGUAGCUUAAUUUCUCCAUGUCCGCCAUCUUGAAAAUUGUCAUAAGUCAACCACAAGAUAAACAUUUCAGGUGUUCAACUUGUAGGUCCUAACAGUGCCUCUCGU